UUCGUCGCAGAGAGAGAGAGAGGGACGAUCUUUUCUAACUGAAGCUCUCGAGGCCAAGUUGCGUAGCCGUAAUCGUCAUCUUCGUCUUUCCUCUUCCCAAGAAUCUAUCUUCUCUGUUCUUCGAUUUCGAAACCCUAACCUCCUCUCUCUGCUUUGCGUUUUCUGGAUCGAAGAUGGUAGCUGCUGGUAAAUCCGACCUUUCCUUGCCUAAAACUUUCGCCUGCAGUGCUUUCGCUGCUUGCGUCGGCGAGGUAUGUACAAUUCCAUUGGACACUGCUAAAGUUAGGCUUCAGCUCCAAAAGUCUGCUCUUGCUGGAGAUGUUACUCUGCCUAAAUAUCGAGGAUUGUUGGGAACUGUUGGUACCAUAGCAAGGGAAGAAGGGUUACGUUCACUAUGGAAAGGUGUUGUACCUGGAUUGCAUCGUCAAUGCCUCUUUGGAGGUCUAAGGAUUGGAAUGUAUGAGCCGGUGAAAAACUUGUAUGUUGGAAAAGACUUUGUAGGUGAUGUUCCAUUGAGCAAGAAAAUUCUUGCUGGUUUGACAACAGGUGCACUGGGUAUCAUGGUAGCAAAUCCCACUGAUCUUGUGAAAGUUAGGCUUCAGGCGGAAGGAAAGCUAGCUGCAGGUGCACCAAGACGGUAUUCUGGAGCGCUCAAUGCGUAUUCAACAAUUGUGAGACAGGAAGGAGUCCGAGCUCUUUGGACUGGUCUUGGACCUAACGUAGCAAGAAACGCUAUUAUCAAUGCUGCUGAAUUAGCGAGUUACGAUCAAGUGAAAGAGACAAUCUUGAAGAUUCCAGGUUUCACUGACAACGUUGUCACACAUAUUCUAUCUGGAUUGGGGGCAGGAUUCUUUGCUGUCUGCAUCGGCUCUCCUGUUGACGUGGUUAAGUCAAGAAUGAUGGGAGAUUCUGGUGCUUACAAGGGCACCAUUGACUGCUUCGUCAAAACUCUGAAGAGCGACGGUCCCAUGGCAUUUUACAAGGGUUUCAUCCCCAACUUUGGACGCCUUGGCUCAUGGAACGUCAUCAUGUUUUUGACCCUUGAACAGGCAAAGAAGUAUGUCCGGGAACUCGAUGCGUCCAAAAGAAACUGAGACACAAAGUUUUAAGCAGAGAGAAUAAGAGCAACAUUGUUUUCUUCACAAUUUUCGGUGAUUGAGAGAGGCCACGACUUGGUCGAAUAUUGUUUUCAGAAUAGAGAGUCAGUUUUCAAGUAAAACUGUGAAAUAAAAUUUCUUUGGAUUG